CGAAUCCCCCCUCUCUCUCUCUGCUUCCUCUGUACCCUUUCCUCUCUCGCACGGCACCGAAGCUCACCUGCGGCAAUCGGCACCGCUGGUCAGCAGUUGCAGCGCUCCCAUGGAGUCGCCGCCGCGGCGUCCGCCGGAGAGGAGGUACCCUCUGCGGGAAAACAGGUCUGCGUCGAGAGUCCCGCCUCGACUGCCCCCUACCCGGUCCUCCUCGUCUUCGUCUUCAGCAGCACCAAGUCCCCCUCCGACGAGCUUCGCUCGAGCCCUUGCGUUUGCGCCACCACCGUCCUCGCCACCGGCUUCGAACCGUCACCGCGCCUCCUCAUCGGCCGCAUUGGACGCGGCAACGGGCGAGGCUGUUGGCCCCAUCUCGUCCGAAGGUACCACCGUUUCUGUAUCAGAUAUCCCUCUGAUGGUAAAGACCAAACAUCACAAGAAAAAAGAGAUAACAUCCAGGAGGGCAGAGAAAAGGGGGUCAGUCGAGUUGCUGGGAUCGGAUCAAAUCACGCAGCUGUUGAAGAGCAUGGACACUUUAUCAGAAUUAAUACAAAAGGAGCUCAGUGAUGCCUUGAAUACACAUGGAGUAUCCGAUGGUGAGAAAAGGAAGAUCUUCACUGAUCUUGUGAACAAAUGGAACAGCAUUCUUAAGGAGGCAGUCUCUACUGAGAGGGGUCGUUGCAAAAUUUUGAUCAACAAAAUCCAAGAGCUAAUUGACAAGUACAUGCCACUCUGCCUUGUUCUUGGAGAACCAGAAAAAGUAUCAGAUAUUCAGUUGACUGCUAGCCUAAAACAGAUCGAAAGCCUUCUAAUAUCUGCUGUGCCUGAAUUGGAGGAGCUGAAAAGGCAAAGAUUCAUGAAACUUCAAGACUUACAAGGAAGAUUGAUAGAUCUGUGGGACGAUUUGGGAGUUACCAUCCAAAAACAGAGGCCUUACUCUUUUAUGAUCUGCAACUGCGCUGCAAAAGUAGAUGAAGUGGUUGAAGAGAACGCCUUAUCUGCUGAAUUACUAGAAAAGGUCGAGUGCGAGGUAGCGAGGCUGGAAUUGCUGUUGAAGAAAUCACUUACAGAGAAGGCUGGAGAUAUUUCUACAGAGGCUGAAAGUAUACGCAAUGAUGCAACAAAGCGUGAAGGGCUAGCUGAUGCACCUAAACUGAGAGAGGAAGUCUGCGCCUGGGAAGAAGAGCAGGGCAAAAGAUUUUUCCGUGAUGCUAAUCGCUUGAAAGGAAAACUGUGCACUGAAGCAGUGGGCCGCCCACAUUUGUCCGCAGGGACUUCCCAUGCGGCAGGUGCUGCUGCUGCCGCCGCUGAGGCGGACUCGUCGAGCUCACCUUCCGAUCACUCCAGCAAGGAUCCCGACUUUGAUCCAUCCGAUGACUCUGAGCAAGAAGUCCAGUCUCGCGCUUGAAUCUGCCCCCCCCCCCCCCCCCCCCCCCCCCGCAACCAUGUCUUGAUUGGAGUCAUGAUUACGACAUGUUCCUCUGUUGUGUUGAUGUACGAACUACAUGUAGAUAUAACAACAAAGCGCGGCGGUGACAAACCUGUUGGUGAGAAAACUAGAGGCUGUACGGACCAAAGGAUGGCCUUAAACAACACACUCGUUACGUUUUC